AUGUGCAACCUAAAGCUGCCAGUUGUCUUCAUUGUGCUCUCUGUUGCUUUAAGCUACUUGGAGGCUACACCUAUGGAAAGUCACCGCUUGGAGAAACGGAAAUGCAACACUGCUACAUGUGUGACGCAACGUUUGGCUGACUUUUUAGUUCGAUCCAGCAACAACAUCGGAGCAAUUUAUUCACCUACUGAUGUGGGAUCCAAUACAUAUGGCAAGAGGGACCGAGUUGGGCUUUUAAACAGAGAACCCCUACAUUAUCUACAGCUUUAG